AUGGUAAAUAUAUAUUUUCAUGAUUCUUUACCAUAUUAUGACGGAAAUUUAUCUAAAAAAGAAAGAACAGAAGUAGAUAUACUUAUUGCCGAAGAAGUUCCAGUGGAUCAGCCUCUUCAUCCAUUAGUUUGCAAAUAUACUGAAUGGAAUCCAUCAUCUAUGUUAAUUAAAUCAGAGCUUGAACGUAUAGAAAAUGGUUAUAAACUUGAUGCUAUUGAUUUAUCACGUUAUACAUCUUUUAAAGAGCCUGUAACAUCCGAUAAAAAAUUAUGGAUCCAUGCAAUAAAUAAAAGUUUAGUUGCAUCCGAAUUUUUAAAAGGAAGGAUCGAAAAUCUUCGACUCUUAGAAGAAUUUGGAAAAAAUUCUUGGCUAUUACAUGUCAAACAACUUGAACAUUAUUUACAACAACUAGAGACACAUCUUUUAGAUUUACAAGAUGAAAUAUCCAUAUUGAACAAAGAAAGAAAAAAGUUUCAAACAGGAGAUAUGGGCCUUCAAUUGCAGAGAUUGGAAAAUGAAUUUCGUCAUUCUAUUAGACGUAUAUUUGAUGUAGAGGUUGCUAAUUUUCUUUUAGAAAAAGAAAUUCAUAAUUUCCAAAACAAAUCAUAAAAAUGCCUAUAUAUUAAGAAUUUAAUAAACAUCAAACAAAUUGAUUUCUAAAGCAAUAA